CUUGAUGAUUCUCGCAGAUUAGUCGGAGUGAACCGGAAUCCCCGUGUGGGCUACAUCUUCAAAGGCUUUGAGGCCAUGAGUGUCGAAGGAUCAGAACGCUUGAAAUGCAGCAACCCGCAGUGCGAAUAUUUGGUCGCAACGAACUCAGAGAAGAUGGGAAGUUUCUGCUGCAAGAAAUGCCACAUGCACUUCCGAGGCGAAUGUCGAAAGCUGAAGCACGGCGGCCUCUGCGAAAAGGCCGAAGCCCCCGCAGAGCUGCCGAGAGCCCCGGUGGUGGAUCCCAAAGAGCCCUUGACCCAGGGCCAAGAGCUGCCACCGAAGAAAAACGGCAAGAGUGGGAAGAAGAGAAACAGGUCUGAGGGAUGGGAGUGGAACGAACCUGUGGCAGAAGAGCCAGCGGGUAUCUGGAGCGGCAUGUCUCAAGCCGAACAGCAAAAUAUGCUCAUUCGUGCGAGAAGGCGCAUGAAGAAGAUGCUGCCUACAGGCCACUAUACAAGAAGGAUUCGCGAUGCUUCUCCAGUCACCGAUGCGGAGUCCUCAUUGACCUCCGUGCGGAAAGAUGGAAACGAAAGGGUGGCCGGACACCGCAGCCGAAGUCGUCGAAGUGGGCGAAGUCGUCGAAGUGCGGAGCAUGGAAGGGCCGGCCAUGGUGGGCAUACAGAUCUGAGAGACGCGGAAGGGCACAUUGCGAUGCCGAACCCAGUGAUCCCAGUGAUUUCUGAUGGUGCCCAUGGUGUCCAGCGAACAUGUCCUCCACGUCCCCGUGGAUCUCUAGGGGCGUCAAUGGCGGCCAGCCACAGGGAUGCUGUGUCCCAUGAUGAGAAGCGCUGCUUGGCCCGCCGGAACCGAACGAAAAGUAGCAGGGACAGGAGCCAUCCCCGCGAAGGCGGAAGAGAAUUGGUGGUGAAAAAGGAGCAGAUUGAGAGUCCACGACGUCGAGAGGAUUCUGACCGCGAAUGGUCGAGGACUCGACAUGGCGCAGCUUCGAAUGGGCUUCGCCGCCUGGCCCCAGGCCAAGUCUUCGACGCCUUUCGGGAGCGGUCGCCCUGGUCUCCCCCGCUGCUGCGCAGAAGACGCGCACGAGCUGAUUCUGACUCAGAAUACACCAUCGACUCAGAAGAGUCAAUUGUGACUUCAUACACUGUCUACAAAGAGGAGGCUCCUGCACCGCCCAGCACGAGCCGAGCAUGUGGAGUUGAAGGGCAACCAGAGGCAUCAUCCUUUUUUUUUUUCAGGAUCUGCCACCUGGGAAGUUGGAGGCCAUGUGGCAAGGCAGCCCCGAGGUGCACGAUUCGAAAGCAUCUGGAGCCAGUUCAGCCCAGGCUGCAGCCCCUAGCCCUAGCAAAGAACGUCGCAAACCUGGCCGUGGCAGAGGAACCGUUCGUGCGGCUGACGCAAGCCGAGUUCCUGCGCGCCAGAGUGACAGACGCCCAGCACCGAACAAGAAACGAAAGGCCAGUGUGGAAUCGAGUGGGAGCUAUGGCUCUGACUACAGCUACUACUCUGACUCUGACAGUGCACAUGCGAAGGACGCUCCGAAGGACAAACGUGCAUCAAAGUGAUGAAAGACUGAGCCAGGCCCCAGGCCGAUUUAAUUUUUUUCAUAGUGACUGCAGUUCAAGUUGCUCUGCGCGACUGUCUUUGCCGUCAGCUAGAAGAAAGAUAUAUACAAUAUAUAUAUAUAUAUAUUUAUUUAUUUAUAUUCAUAUUAUAUGUAUGCUGUAUACAUGUUAUAUAUAUAACAAGAUAUAGCAAGGGAAUUUCCAGGUCGAGAAAAACUAUAGAAGUCCAUAUUUGAAGCUAGACUCUGUUGUGAUCACUGUUUCGCGGGUCCAGUGGCAC